AUGGGUCGCUCGGGUGGCCUUGCAUUGUUGUGGAGAAAGGGGUUAGAUGUUGUUUUACAAUCCAUGUCUGUUCACCAUAUUGAUGUAGAGGUUCGUGGUGGUCUUGGUGAUAUGUUAUGGAGAAUGACUGGUUUCUAUGGUUGGCCGGAGGUUCAGAACCGUCAUUUAUCUUGGAGUUUGCUUCGUGAACUUGCUAGUCAUUCUACUCUUCCAUGGAUGUGUAUUGGGGAUUUUAAUGAGAUUUUGUAUGAAUCGAAAAAAAGUGGUGUUAAUGACAGAGCGGAAUGGCAAAUGUCUAACUUUCGAGAUGCGAUUAAUUUUUGUGGAUUUUCUUGUAUCCCGUUUUUGGGGUACGAAUUCACUUAUGAUAAUGGUAGGGGGGAGGGGGAAAAUUAUCAGAGUAGGCUUGACAGGGCCCUUGCUACGGUUGGUUGGAAUGAUUUUUUCCCUAAUGCUCAUGUUGUUCACUUGGAUAGAGAGUGGUCAGACCACUCUCCAAUUAAGCUCCUCUUACAUAAUCGUGAGAAUGGUAGACUUGGUGAUAAGCCAUUUCGAUUCGAACAGUUCUGGAAGUCUGCUGAUGGUUGUGAGAGGGUUGUUGAGGCGGCUUGGGGGGGUAGCGUGGAUUUGGAGGCAAAGAUGAAUAUUUGUGCAAGAGAGCUCAAGCAGUGGAGUGAUACUAAAUUUGGUGAUGUUUUUAGAGAGUUGAGAAAGAAGCGCAAGAAUUUAAAGAAGUUAAAUAGAGGGGGACUUUCGGCUACUCAGCUUGAGCAGCGUCGAAGGCUUUUGUGGGAUAUUGAGGGUCUCAUUGCUCAUGAGGAGACUUAUUGGAGGCAAAGAUCCCGGGUUUUAUGGCUUUCGGAAGGUGAUAAAAAUACGAAAUUUUUUCACCAAAGGACAUCAAGCAGGAAGCGGAGGAAUACGAUAAAAAAGUUGAAUCUUGAUGAUGGUGGUGUUGUGACGGGUGAUGAUGAUAUAGGGGAGGCAGCAGUGACAUAUUUUCGUGAUCUAUUUUCUUCCUCUAAUCCUACUCUGAUCGAUCAAGCUCUUCAUGGCUUCCAGACGAGAGUGACGGAUGAUAUGAACAACACUUUGAGGGCCAAUUAUACGGGUGAAGAGGUGAAGCAAGCUUUGAGUCAGAUGCAUCCUAUUAAAGCCCCAGGGCCGGAUGGUAUGUGUCCUUUAUUUUUUCAGUCAUAUUGGCAUAUUGUGGGUCCGUCAGUUACUAGUCUUGUGCUCAAUAUUUUGCGUGGAGCUCCAAUUCCAUCGUAUUUGAAUAAGACUUACAUUGCCCUUAUUCCGAAGAAUAAUAAUGCGGAUCGUAUGGUGGAUUUUAGACCUAUUUCUUUGUGCAAUGUGGUUUAUAAGUUAGUGUCAAAAGUCCUUGCAAAUAAGUUGAAGGUUUUCCUUGAUAAAAUAAUUGCGGUGAAUCAGAGUGCAUUUACUCCGGGUCGGUUGAUUACGGAUAAUAUUCUGGUGGCUUUUGAACUCUUCCACUAUAUGAAAAAUUUGCCGAAUAAGGGGGGUUGUAUGGCUAUGAAGUUAGAUAUGUCAAAGGCGUAUGAUCGUAUUGAGUGGGAUUUUCUCGAUGCAGUAUUAGAGAGGUUCGGUUUUGAUGAUGGUUGGCGAAGGUGUGUAAUGGGUUGUGUGCGUUCGGUUUCUUUUUCUGUUCUUAUUAAUGGUCGGCCGUCGGAUGAGUUUGUGCUAAAUAGGGGGAUUCGUCAAGGGGAUCCAAUUUCUCCGUACUUAUUUAUUCUGUGUGCAGAGGUGUUCUCUCAUUUUCUUAGAAGUGCGGAGGAGCGUGCUUCUUUGGGUGAUGUGGAGGUGAUAAAAGCAGUUCUUGAGACCUAUGAGUUUUCUUCUGGGCAAAAAAUAAAUUUUGACAAGACAACUGUUUCCUUUAGUAAAGGUGUGCCGGAAGGUAGGAGAGAAGAGGUAGAAAAUAUGCUAGGGGUUCGAAUGGUUGACAUUCAUGAUCGUUAUUUGGGGCUUCCUACGGUGGUGGGCAGGUCGAAAAAGGUGAUAACUAAAGGAGUGAAAGAGAAACUUUGGAAGAAGCUCCAAGGUUGGAAGGGGAUGGUGUUAUCUAAGGCGGGUUGGGAGGUUAUGAUAAAGGAAGUGGCCCAAUCUCUCCCUACCUACGCGAUGAGUGUAUUUAAAUUACCAUCUUCUUUUUGUGAUGAGUUGAGGUCUCUUGUGGCUCAAUUUUGGUGGGGGAAAAAGCAAGGAGAAAGGAAGAUACAUUGGCUUUCUUGGAAGAAGCUUUGUAGGCCGAAAAAGGAAGGGGGGAUGGGAUUGCGUGAUCCUAAACUUUUUAAUUGGGCCCUUUUAGGAAAACAAGCUUGGAGAUUGGUGUUGAAGCCGGGCACUUUGAUCGAACAGGUGUUAAAGGGUCGGUAUUAUCCGAAUUCUACUUUUAUGGAAGCCAAUUUGGGAGUCAAUUCUAGCUAUACUUGGCGGGGCAUUGCGGAGGCUAGGUGGGUUGUUAGAAGGGGGAUGAGGUGGAGAAUCGAGGAUGGGGAAAGUGUUCGGGUAUGGGCAGACCUGUGGCUUCCUGGUACGCAAACACAUAGGGUGUUGUCACCUCGUGGGAAUUUUGACUCGGAAUUGAAGGUCAGUGAACUCAUAGUCUCGAACACGGGUUGCUGGAAGGUUGAUGCUGUGUCGCAAACUUUUCUUCCUUUUGAGGUAGAGAGGGUCUUGAGUAUUCCGAUUAGUAAAAGGCUUCCAUGUGAUGUUUUAUGCUGGGAUUUAGAAAAGAAGGGCUCGUAUUCUGUCAAGUCGGCUUAUCGUGCCUUGUUUGAUGAUGAAUGGAAGAGGGAUGAAGCGGCUCCAACUACGGAGUGUACAGGUGCGAAGGCCAUAUGGGAUGCAAGUGAGCUAAGUUUUGUUGCUGAGAUGCGUAUGCAUACUGUGCUUGAUUGGUGGGAGUCGUGUUUUUUAGAGCUGAGUGAGAGUGAAGUGGCUGGGAUUAUUACGCUAUGCUGGGCUAUCUGGGGUGCUAGAAAUUCGAUUAUGGUGGAGGGUGUGCAUAAGCUUCCGGGUGAGGUGGUGCGCUAUGCAAGAAAAAUUGGAGAGGAACUCUCAAGUGCUAAAGGAUCUGGGGUCGUGAUGAGGAGGGGGGGAGCUGCUGCUGCUCAGUCUGUCUUUCCCUCGGUGUGGGCUCCUCCUAUGGUGGAAGUGGUGAAAGUAAAUGUUGAUGCGGGUUUUGUGGGGGAGCUUGGAUGCGGCUUGGGGGCUGUGGUGAGGGAUUCCAGGGGCUCUGUGAUAGUUGCUGGUGUGUCGCAGCAUAAGGAAAGGUGGGAUGUGAAGAUGGCAGAAGUGAAGGCUGUCCUUUGGGGCUUGGGUGUGGUGUCCGAGAAGGGAGUGCGAAGGGUUGAAGUUGAGAGUGAUUGUUUACAGGUGGUCCAAGCUUUGAAGCAAAAAGAGACAGGGAGAGGAGGGAAUAGAGUGGCUCAUGAGUUGGCUCGUUACCAACCAUGGGAGUAUGGCCAACGAAUUUAUCCUGAAAUCGAGGAAAAUACUUAUGUUUCUUUAGAAGAAGAUCUACAAAUGGGAUUGAUAAAAUUAGAUGAUUUGGACUUUCUACCUAUAGAAGUUUUCCAACAAAAGAUUGAAAACAAACUAGGAAAAAGAGUAAUGGAUAAUAAUAAUGUUGGAGAAGAAAUUAUUAAUGAAAGUAUUAACGUAAACAAUGUUAUCCAAAGACCUAGAUAUCAAGGAGAAGGAAGUUGCACACGACCAAGAUACAUACCAGGGAAGAGUACCAGGUUUAGUGUCAAGGUUAUGCCUAAUCAUAUACCUAAACAAGAAGAAGUGACUCUUGAACCUAUAAGUCAAACUGGUUCUACGCUUAAUUUAGAUGGAGUAAGAGAUAGACAAGAUGUUUUUGAUUAG